GCGCGAAGUUACGUUACGUAGACCAACCAGAGUUGCUCUAACGAGCGCAUGCGCAUUGUUAGAUGGAACACGUCAGUAACAGAACUGAUGAGUACGGCUUUAGCAGGUGAACAGGGUCAUUGACGGGACCAAACACUUAUACAUGUUUAUUGAUAGCUUCAGGCAGCGCUGAAUCCUAUAAAACGGGAGGAGCGCGCGAAGGACGAUCAAAACUCAGCUCGAUUAUUAGAAAAGACGUUUCGCUGUGCUGUUUACACAAAGUUUUAGUUUUGUUUCAGCAAUAGAAAAUGGGAAACAGUUUGUUUAUCUGGCUCUUCUCUUUAAUGCUAGGAGCCAUAUCCACAAUGACGAAGACUACACCACAAAUAAAUACAACUUCUGGUAAGCUACUUGGUCGAUCAGUGGAGACUCCAUUUGGCCCUGUUGACCAGUAUCUUGGGAUUCCAUAUGCCAAGGCUCCAAUAGGUAGUCUACGAUUUCAGCCACCUCAACCACUUGACAAAGAAGAAGCAGAGAUUAGACGAGAUGCCACCAAGUUUGGUCCAGUCUGUUUCCAGCCUCCUCACUUGAAAGAAAUGAUCAGUCCUCUCCUAAGGACUAAUGACAAUGGUCAGAGAGCAAGUAGUGAAGAUUGUUUGACCUUAAAUAUUUACAUUCCAAGUGGAAGACAAUUGGACACCUUGCCAGUAAUGGUGUGGCUUCCAGGAGAAGGAUUCGACUAUGCUGAUACUACCCAGUUUGAUGGUACUUUUCUUGCAACCAUAGGACAGGUCAUCGUCGUCACAGUUAACUACAGAGUCUCUGUUUUUGGGUUCCUGUCUACCCUGACUCCUGAAGCUCCAGGUAACAUAGGAUUCUUGGACCAACGACUUGCCCUACAGUGGAUUCAACAAAACAUUGGCCAGUUUAAUACCAGUCUAAGAGAAAGAUACGUGGACUUCUGUGGAAGCAUGUACAUCAAAGCCCAGACAGAACAGUUAGCCCGAAUACUGAUUAAGAACGGGAUGUCUAAGGUCUUCCUGUACGAGUUUGCUCAUAGACCUUCCUUUUCUUUCCACCCUGACUUCAUUCAGGCCGCUCACGGAGAUGAUGUCCUAUUCACCUUUGGUCUUGUUCACCAGCUGUCCCAAGUUCCGACUGAAGAAGUGAAGCUGAGCAGAAGAAUUAUUGCUGCUUUUUCCAACUUUGCUAAAUCUGGAAACCCUAAUUCAGUUGACAUCGAAGAAGCUCUGCAAUGGCUCGAGUUUAGCAAUAAUCAGAGAGAAGUCCUUGAAUUUUCUGCUCGUAUGGAGAAUAAUUCCAUCAGACCAUCUAAGAACGACAGAGACGUUGCUUUCUGGUACAAUGUUGUUCCUUCCUUAUCUGGUCAUGAACAAACAGUCUCGUCUCCUGAUAAAGCUGCAAGAGAUUCUCCUAAAAUGGAUUGCAGACUUGCAUUAAUAAGGUCAAGCUUCAGUGGUCAAGAAGUACAAUACAUUAUAUUAGGAUUAGUUGCUUUCACCAUUGUUUUGCUUUUGAUAUUGCUUAUUAUGUCAAGGUAUAUUUGUUUGAGUAAGAGAAGGAUACAUUUUACAAAGUUUUAAGAAACUUUUUACUUUGUAAAUAAGUUAUUUAUGUAUAUUUUGUAAAUUUAAAAUCUAUCAUCCCCCCCCCCCUAAACAAGAUAUUUUACCAUUUUAUUUCUCAAAUAACGAGUCUGGCUAUCCAAUAAACAAGGAAUAUUUUAAAUAUAGUGGUACAAUGUCGUACAAAGAGUGAUCAUGUGAUAAAGUUAGGACGCAAUAAUCAUUUUACUAAUGUUAUUGUUUGUUUAGUAUGUUUUUAAGUAAACAAUAAACGAUUCAUGAAUAUUUACUUGGGGCAAGAAGAUGUAUCAGAUUUUUUAAAGCCGUGAGUUCUAUUUUUUCUAUCAGGUAAAGUAGACGAAUAGCGAAUAAAACCUAUUAAAAUACAAAAUAAAUGCAUGCUCAACACGUAGGUAAUUGUGGGAAUGUUAGAUAAAAUGAAAUAAUUCAGUCAAGAGUAACCUAUCACUCGAAAAACCUUGAAAGCAAGAACUUUACUUUCUCGAAGUAAAGAUUAAAACAUGCAUAAUAUAUACGAUUGGUUUAGAAACCCUGUUAACAGUUGUCUAAAUUAUCUUUAGAUAAAACGAAUUCAGUGCGUUUUUAUUUAAAAUUUUAUUGUUUUAUUUGGAGAGAAAUGGGUAAUCAAAAUGGUGGAGUCAACUAUAAAUAUAUACAUUAUUAAUGAUAGUCUUUCAAGUUCGUGAUCAAGUGUAGCAUACUGUGAAACAUUGUAUAUACCAUUAUUGUUCAUUCUGUUUGUAAAGUUUGUGUUUAGAAAACAGAUCUAGUUAUUUUUGUAUCAGAAUAAAGGCUUUGAAAAAGUU